AUGGCAAACUCUUUCACCCGUGUGAUGUCUGGCCGCAACACGGCCGUAAUCUUGGCCGGCAUGGGAGCUGGGACACUGGGAGCUGGAUACCUCCUCAGUGACAACUCUGCUGCUGCUGGUGCAUCUGCUGAGAGGAGGAGGCUCUAUCCAUCCAGUGCUGAUUUCCCAGACCUGAGGAAGCACAACAACUGCAUGGCAGCAGCCCUGACACCAACCAUUUAUGGACGCCUGAGGGACAAGACAACCCCCAACAACUGGACCGUGGACCAAUGCAUCCAGACUGGAGUGGACAACCCUGGACACCCCUUCAUUAAGACUGUGGGCAUGGUAGCUGGAGAUGAGGAGAGCUACGAGGUGUUUGCUGAGCUCUUUGACCCAGUGAUCAAAGACAGACAUAAUGGCUACGACCCUCGCACAAUGAAGCACCCCACUGACCUCGAUGCUUCCAAGAUAUCCUCAGGUAUGUUUGAUGAGCGCUACGUGCUGUCAUCACGUGUCCGUACUGGUCGCAGCAUCCGUGGACUGAGUCUUCCCCCUGCGUGCACACGCUCUGAGCGCCGUGAAGUGGAGCGUGUGGUUGUGACAGCUCUGUCCGGCCUGAAGGGAGACCUGGCUGGUCGCUACUACAGCCUGGGGGAGAUGACAGAAAGAGAGCAGCAGCAACUUAUUGAUGAGCACUUCCUGUUUGAUAAACCUGUGUCACCUCUGCUCACGUCAGCUGGGAUGGCCAGAGACUGGCCUGAUGCUCGUGGGAUCUGGCACAACAAUGAGAAGAACUUCUUAAUCUGGAUCAAUGAGGAGGACCACACAAGGGUCAUAUCCAUGGAGAAAGGAGGGAACAUGAAGAGAGUGUUUGAAAGAUUCUGCAGAGGUCUUAAACAGGUGGAGCAUCUAAUUCAGGAGCGAGGUUGGGAGUUUAUGUGGAAUGAACGUUUGGGCUACAUCCUCACCUGCCCUUCCAACCUCGGCACUGGGCUAAGGGCUGGUGUGCAUAUCCGCCUGCCUUUCCUCAGCAGGGACCCACGCUUCAAAAAGAUCCUGGAAAACCUGAGGCUACAGAAGAGAGGCACAGGAGGCGUCGACACAGCUGCUACUGGAGACACCUUUGACAUCUCUAACCUCGACCGUCUGGGCAAGUCAGAGGUCGAGCUGGUGCAAUUAGUAAUUGACGGCGUAAACUACCUAAUUGAAUGUGAGAAGAGGCUGGAGAGGGGGCAGGACAUCAAGAUCCCCUCCCCCAUCUCUCCGUUCAAGAAGUGA